AUGAUGCGAUUUGACGUGUUCGCCGCUCUCCAGCCUCCACGCGACGCCUCCUCCGCUGCCGCAAAGUCCGGGUCCUAUCUCAUCGACGAAGACAUUGGACUGGACAAGCUUGCAGGGAAGCUCAACAGUUCAGCGCCCAAGCCCACCGCGAAGGGUAACGAGGUCCUGAUCGAGGUGCACAGUGCGGCGAUCAAUUGGUUCGACGUUCUCCAGAUUGCAGGGAAGUACCAAAUCAAGAAGCCAUUCCCUUACGUCCCGGGCACAGAGAUCGCGGGCGUGAUCGCGGCUGACUCUCCUAUCCCAGAGGGAUGUGAUCUCAAGCCCGGCGACAGAGUCUUCGGCGCCUCCAACGGGUCUUACGCAGAGUAUGUCACGGCCGACUUCAUCCAAUUGAUGCCCAUCCCCGAAGGUCUGGGAAUGGAUGAGGCCUCAUCGCUGUUCAUCACUUGGCCCACGUCGUACGCCGCGCUGGUGUUCAGGGCGAACCUGCAGGAGGGCGAGACCGUACUUGUCCAUGCCGGUGCGGGUGGAGUAGGACUGGCGGCUAUUCAGAUUGCCAAGGCUAUGGGAGCGACGGUGAUUGCAACUGCGGGUAGCGAGGAGAAACUGAAGAUUUGCAAAGAGGUGGGCGGGGCGGAUGAGGUGGUCAACUACAGAGAUCAGAAGUGGCCGCAGAAGAUCAAGGAGCUGACUGACGGAGCAGGCGUUGACGUCGUGUACGACCCGGUAGGCAUGAUCCUGCCCUCGCUCAAGUGCAUCGCAUGGAAUGGGCGCAUCUGCGUGGUGGGCUUUGCGGCCGGGAACAUCGAGAAGAUUCCGGCCAAUCUCAUUCUCCUCAAAAACGUCGCCAUCACCGGAGUAUUCUGGGGUGCCUACUCCAAGAACGAGGUCGACAAGAUCCCUGAAGCAUGGAAUGCUCUCCUCGAAAUGUUCGCAAAGAAGACGAUCAAGGCUACCGUAUUCACCGACAAGCAGUACAAGGGUCUGGAGAGCUUGCCUGAGGCGCUUGGCGAUCUCGCCGCCAGGAAGACGUGGGGCAAGGCCGUUGUGAGGGUGAAGGACGAAAAGUGAUGGCGUGUAAAUGUACAAUUACAGAUGACAGGAGCUUCCAAUAUGUACAUGCGGUGAAGUGUGAGCCGAACACUAGGCUGCUUCCUCUCCUCGCGGGGCAACGGCGGGACCUGGGCCGUCCUGUCGCUUCUCGUCGCGCGAUCCACCCUGCUCGGCGGUACCGCCAAAGAUCUGCUCCUGGCGUUCGUCGCCC